AUGAGACAGAGGUGGAGUGGAGUUUCCAGAAACUGUCGCUUUCAGAGGCACGCCCAAGACCUUGAGAACGAGGCAAAGUACGGCUACACCAAGUUCGCGCUGAGCUUGCUUCAUGUCGCCGACAACUUGGAAAGGGCCAUCGAUAGCGUGAAGAUCGACCAGCUGGACGAGAGUGAGGAGUUGCAACAUGAGGUGGCUGGCGUGCAAGAGAUUCGGCACGUGGUGGAAGAAGCCUUCCGGGAAUUUGGUGUCACCAAGAUGAAGGCACUGGACCAUGCCUUCAACCCCGAGCAUCACGAGGCGAUGUUCGCCAUGGAGAUGCCGGGCAAGGAGCCCAACAUGAUUUUCCAUGUGAUGGAGCCGGGCUACAUGAUCCACGACCGCACCUUGCGUGCGGCCAAGGUGGGCGUCACCAAGUGUCCGGAGAUCCAUCCACCUGACUCCAUUGCAAGAUCCGAGCGCUGGCUCGAGUCAGCUCGAGCGCCGGACACGGCGCGUGUGCAGAAGCCAUCAUGGCCUGAGCCCGAGAUUUUGAAGACGGUGAAGACCACCUCAUUGACGAAAUCAGAGUUGGUGGAUGUCUUGGCAAGUGCCAAGACCAGCAAGGACACGUGUGGGAGUGUGGGACUCAUAGGCCCAUUCUCAGACCGGCAAGAGAGAAAUCGCGCGGUGAAAUUGCUGAAACAGUUUGACCCAGUGCCACACUACGAGUUCGAUGAUGAGGGCCUCAAGGCAAAGAUGAGGCGAGGCAAACGCAGACAAUAUACCUACACCAUGUCACACAUGCGGAAAUGUCCUGCAGCUAUUGGCAUACUAUACAUAAUAUUUAAAUAA